AUGGCUCAGCACGUGUGCGGCACGGAUGGUGCUCUCGAUCGUGUGCUACGACUCGGCCAGAAGCCAAAGGCGACGCCAGCCAUCUUCAUCCACGCCGGUGCCGGUUUCCACAGCCAUCAGAACGAGCAUGCACACCUUCUAGCUUGCGUGUCGGCGGCCGAAAUGGGCAUGAAAUUCCUGAAAGCUGGUUCCACCGCCACCGAGGCCGUCGAAGCGGCCCUUCGCAUACUCGAAGACAAGGAGAUCACCAACGCAGGCUACGGGUCCAACCUAGCCAUUGACGGCACCGUCGAGUGCGAUGCGACCAUCGUCGACCACCUCGGUCGCAGCGGUGCAUGCGGCGCCGUUCCAAGUGAGCCACGGCCGUCCCCCCCCCCCUUCGACCCGAGUGCGGCCUGGCUGACGAGGGGCGGAACAGACAUCCGCAACCCCAUAUCCCUCGCCAAGCUCAUCCUGGACACGAGCGCCCAGCCGCUGAGUCUUCGGCGCGUCCCCCCCAACGCCCUCGUCGGGGAUGGCGCCAGGAAGUUUGCCGAGGAGCACGGCAUGCUGACGUUUGCCAACGAGUUCCUCGUGUCCAAAAAUUCCAAGGACCGCUUCUGUCGCUGGCAGCAGGAUCUCCUGCGAGCCGAGGGGAUAGACAAGGACGCGCAGCGAGAUGUGCACUCCGCUCCGGCCACGAUGAGAUGCCUCCCCGGCCAGCACGACACGGAAGAGUCUUUGGAGGCGCCAGAGUGCCUCUCCGGCGCUCACGCGGCCGCCCUCUUGACAGGCACAUGGAACGAAGGGCAGGCGGAUCCUCCAUCGGCCGGAACGUCAGAGGCGGAGUCGACCGGCACGCAGGAGCCAAGCAUGAUGCCGACUGCGAUGAAAACGGCCGGCUUCUUGUUUGCGCCCGUCGCUCGCUUCUCGCCGCGCACAACCAACCCCCCGUGGCCGUCAAGUCCAAUGAGGCCAUUCGGAGGGAACGACCGUUGCCAUAGUUCCACGACGCUCAUGACCAGGGACGACGACGAAGCCGUCGUCGGAGUCGGCAUCGUCUCGGCCGGCAGAGAUGGGCCGACGUCGAAUGAAAGGACGACGCCGGCGAGCAGAAUGGCAGGCGGGGGGCCGAGCGGUGGCGGCUCACCGCAGCGGCUCGCCGAAACGGACCUGGCUUCCCCGACGGGCAUGUUGGGUGGUGAUGGAGGUCCGCGUGGCCAUAAGCGACCGCUCCAGACGACGAGUGCAAGCGGCGGCCACGGCGGCCGAAGCGACAAGCGCGGCCGCCAGCCCGAGGCCGACGUGGAGGACCGCGUCACGGACACUAUUGGUGCCAUCGCCAUCGACGAGCGGGGUCAUAUCGCUGCCGGGUCGUCGUCGGGGGGCAUCGGGAUGAAGCAUCGAGGACGGCUCGGGCCGGCGGCCCUGGUGGGCGUCGGCACCGCCGUCGUGCCACGGGCCGACGACGACCCCGAGGGACGAACCGUCGCGGCCGUGACGAGCGGCACGGGGGAGCACAUGGCGACGACGAUGGCGUCGCAGAGGUGCGCCGAACGAAUCUUCCAGAUGACUCGUCGAGGCCCUUGCGGCUACGAUGUCAGCGACGAUGACGAGGACGACAUCAUGGAGUCCUUCAUCAUCGAUGACUUCAUGAAGCACCCGGGCGUCAAGAACGGCCCCUCGACGGGCGCCAUCGGCGUCAUGGCCGUCAAAAAGUGCGCAUCGGGAUACUACCUCUACUUUGCGCACAACACGGACUCGUUUGCGCUCGCGUCCAUGGGCGGCUCGGACAAGGUGCCUUGCUGCACCAUGUCCCGGCUCGGAGAAGGCGAUCAGAUUGCCAAGGGUGGUCGCAGGAUCCGAAUCGGCUGA